AUGAGGUUCCGCAAGAGAGCCAAUCCCACGCAAAACACUGCACCACAGCUUCCUGACGAAGUUCUGGGGAGCAACGAGUCUUCCCUCUUGAUCGCUCCCAUCACAGAAGACGAGCAUCCUCCAACUUCCGGUCGUGGGUCCGCUCGGGAACACUUCAGACACCCUCACAUCACCCUCAAAGUCUCAAUGGCCGAUCCCCACAGCGCAAGAAUUGCAGACAUGGAUCGUCUCGAUCGCUUCGACCUCCGACACGCUCUCGUAAUGUCCACAGGCCCCAAGCACUACAUCGAGGAACUCACCUUCAAGACCGAGGAGAAUCAUCAGAAACUUCCAAAACUCGACCAGAAUGACGGGGAAACAGCAGAGAUCCUAGCAGACUUCUUCUCCCAGCUACCGAAUCUCCGCCGAGUAAACUUGCAAAUGUCGUGGCCCCCAGCACAAGCUUUUUUCCUCGAUGUCCUCGCCACCCAACCUCAACUCCAACUCACCCAACUCGUCAUCCACGCUCCGACGUACAAGCCCGCGCAGCAGAUGAUCCAAGCCUUGGAUACCUUCGCCUCAACUCUCCGCUGGCUGAACAUAAGCUGUCAGAAAUUCACCGCAGACGACUGGCAACUUCUCUUCACCCACAUUCGCGAUAAGAUGCAGCUUCAGAUUCUCGACGGGAAGCUCUGGUACGUCUCAAUUGGUCCUGGGCCACAAGAUUACAGACCACUGGUAAAAUCGAAGUCUGUUUGGACAAGCCCGGAUCAUGAGCCCAUGAGAGAGGAGUUCUAUGUCAUUGAUAACGUGGAGGCUUCGAGAAUGCGCGGAGAGCUUGGGGUGAGAGCGGGCGCUGAUCGCAUGAUUAGGUUGCUGGAGGGGGUGAAGGAGUCGGAGGAGAUGGAGGAGUAA